AUGGAUCAAUUGGAACAGAACCAAUCUGUUAUGAGGGAAGAUAUAACCACUGUGAAGGCUCAAAUGGAUCAUCUUGUUGAAGCCCUACAAGCUUUGGAUAGGGGACAAGAGGAAAUGCAUCAGGCUAAUCUGAGAGCCGUCGCCGCCAACCCGGAUGUUGUGACAAUACCAGUAAAUCCACUAGGAGGAGCUGGUACACCUAUUGUAGCUCAACCACCUCCCGAGAGAGGUCCAAUAUAUCAAAAUGCUACUCAAACAUUCAAUAUCCCUGUCAAUAGGAGAGUUCAACCUGAGAUUGACGAUCAUCAGGAUGCUUUCUUCACCAUAAAGGUUGACUCAGUUUAUGACAAUUUUGGUCCUUCUUCUGCUGACCUCGAAAGGAGAUUCCAUAUGAUGGAGGAUAGAUUCAAGGCGAUGGAAGGUCCCGAUACCUUUGGGUUAGAUGCUGUCGACAUGUGCUUAGUGCCAGGCGUGAAAAUUCCUGCUAAGUACAAAGUCCUGAGCUUUGAAAAGUAUCAAGGGGUCACCUAUCCAAAGACUCACAUUCGAGCUUUUUGUAGAAAGAUGGUUGCUCAUUCUGAUAAUGAAAAACUCUUAAUGCACUUUUUCCAGUACAGCCUUAUCGGAGCUUCUCUGGAAUGA